UUUGGAGUCGUCAGAAAAGCCGCUGCGUGAAACUCAUGUCGCGGCGACGCAGCAAGUUAGGCAAUGGAAUCGAUUCGGGCAGCAUGCGAGGCCUCGCGUACCGCGGGCUCGGCUACGCCAAGAAUAUUGCGGGCUUCCUCGUCAUCCUCCUCAUCCUCAUGGACGCGCUUGUUAACAACUGGACGCUAAGCAACUACCUCGGGGGCGGGUACUUUUUCUUGACGCCGCUCGGGUCGGUCCAGAACGCGCGGCAGCUCGAGACCAAGUACAGCUACAUGCGCGGUCUCUCGAUCAAGAACUUGUCCAACAUGGGUCAGUGGAUGUCGAACUUUACGAUCAUCCACUUUGUGGAGAAAAGCGACCGGCUGUACGUCAUCUCGGCGGGCGAAUACGACUUGACGCCGGCCAUGGUACUCUGCCCCGUCUUUCAAGGCGUCUAUGGCAACGUUGACAGUUCGAAAAAAGUGAAGUUGGCGCUCGCGACCGACGCGACGACCUACUACCGCGGCAACAUGCUCACGCACAUGUUUACGAACGAUGCGACCGUCGACGUGGCGACGCCAAAUAUGCGCAGCGCCGACGUCAUCGCGCGCGGGUACAUCCCUGGCCAGACGACCGUCGACAAGCGCUUCACGCGCGACUUUUCGAUCCAGAAUACGUCGUCCGAGCAGACCCAGGUCGUGCCCUACUUUCGAAUCCUCUCGCGCAACUACUGCACGGGCUGCGACCCGGUCGCCGAGCUCGGGUACUCAACAUGUGAGUUCAAACUGGUCUACAAUGACGCGGCCAAGACGCUCACGGUGACGUCCAGUGCGUUCGUGCCGGGCUCGACGUACAAGCUCGGGUCCACGGUGCUCAAUUCCGCGUUUGGCCAAGUCGCGAUCGUGACCAAGCUCAUUGCGAUUUUGUUUGCGAUCGCGGGAUACCUCGCGGGCCGGCGCACGAUCCAGUGGCUUGAAGUGGACCCAGCGAAACCCGACUCGAUGCUCACCAAGGUUCUUCGGACGGUCAUUCCAAAGUACUUUCCGUACCAGAGCGACGCGCUCAGCUACGACAUGUUCAUGUACAACUCGGACAUUUUCGUGCUGUUGUACACGUUCGCGGUGCUCCUGGACCUUCAAAACAGCAUGCAACAUACGCGCAAUGUCAAUUUCUACAACGCGCUCGCGCCCCGGUUCCUUGUUUCGAUUGAGAUGUUUUCGCUCUCGCUGCGUCUGCUAUGGGGCAACCUCGCGAUCCUCAAGCUCGCCAAAUUGCUCUGGAACCUCCUCGGCAUUGCGUCGUACAAUGGCCAGAGCACGACCAUGGGCUUCUUCAAUUUCUCCAGUGUCACGUACCUCUACCUCUCGGCGAUUCUGCUCUGUUACGUGCCGGCGCUCAUCGAGUACAACAACUCGGUGUCGGUCGACAUUUCCAACGCGAUCGAGCCGAUCGAUGGCAUUGGCGUCAAUGUCAUCAACGGCAAAUACCUCCGCGUUGCUCCGUACGUGGUGUUCGCACUCGUCCUCAACCUCUUGGGGGUGAUUCUGCUGGAUCACGGCAUCAACUACAAGUACUUCAAGAUGCUGCGCAAAAACAGCUUGGCGCGCCAAGCGGUCUACAACAGCACGUCGAUCCUGUGCGAUUUUCUCUGGGGCAUCGAGCCGCGCGCCCAUGUCAACGGCGCAGACGGCGCGAUUGUCCUCGUGCGCGCCCGGCGCCUCAACCUUGUGAUUCGAAAGAAGGCAGCGCUGCAGGUCAAGAGCUCGGUGCGCUCGGCGAAGGCCAGCUCCGUGUGGGAUGCGUCAGCGACCGACACCUCGACGAUUGCAACGACAACGGAUGCCGACGAGGGCACGGAGAACAUGUGUCUCCUCGUCCAGGACUGGGACCGCAACAUCCACCUCCUCGACCACACGCUGACCGAGGUGACGAGCCUUGUGUACAACAUCAAAGUGCUCAAGAACACGCGCAUCACGAUCCGAUGACUCCAGACCCUUUACAUAUUCUCGUGCAUAUCAAUAGACAAUUGCAUUCUAGUGCAUGUAAUCGGCAAUUAGAAAACUAUUUGCGA